ACUAUGAUUACAGCAGAGGAGGAGUGUGGUGGGACAGAGAGAGGGUGAGAGAUGGUGAGCACCAUGAAUGACAGUUUUCAGCUUCUGGUGCACAGAUCACAUCCAGGAGUCCAACUUGUCUUUUAGUGCCGGCUGAGGGACGUCCACUUUUCUGGGGAAUGAGGGUGUUACACUGGUCCAUGCUGGGAGUGACCAUUCUGCUGCUGAUGUGCGAGAUCGCCAUCAGUCAGCUGUGUAAGUCCCUCAUCACCCUGGUGGAUGGUUUCCACACGCUCUUCAUCCUCAUGCACUUGGCUCUUCCUCUUCCUCAAACUGCAAGCACAAUUAAAACAUCGCUCUCCACUUUGGAGCCCUCUACUUCUCCACAUGCUUCCUCCAUUGAACCUCCAGCUGGUACCCAGACAGUCACUGCUCAGCCUAACCAUGAGACACCAUCAGUGGUCAACCCUCAUCAGCCCUUCUCCCCAAAGAUUUCCCCCGUAGCUCUAAACUGCGGUCUGUCUUACCACAACAGCAGGGUUCAGGUUGUGAGGGUUUUCAUUUCUACCCUCCUACUGGUCUCCUUGUGUAUUUCGUACUUCAUGGAAAUUAUCCACUUUUUCCUGAAGCCACAUCCAGUGCAUCAACCCCAGCUGCUUGUGGUAGUUGGAGUAGUCAGCACGCUGUAUAAGAUGCUUGUGUUCAGGCUGAGCUGUGAUCGUCUGCGACAUAAGAAGACCGGGGUUAACCAAAAAGUCCUGGCUGAGGAGCAAUCCAUAGGCCAAGAGGAAUUCGAAGACAUGAGUGUAUCAAAAGUUGAGUCUGCUAUGCACGAUAUGCUCCACAGCGAGGCGCUCGUCCUUUGCAAUCCUGUAACUUCCAGCAUCCCUGACACUGACGCCCAAAGUCAGCAACAACAGCCAGAAGUUCACCUGCGUGAAUUUAAAGUAGCAAGCAGUGCUGAAGAUUCGAAGGCUUGUAAGGGUCAGAGUGAUUUCAUAGAGAAUCCUGAUCACAACACCUGCACGGGACAUCAUGAGAGUCAAAAUGCGUCUAAAACCUCUGACGUCUGCAAGUCAUUACCUCACACUGAGAAUCCAGUUCCAACCAACCGCUGGCCCAUCAGACUCCUGUCAUUGAUCUUUGUCACUCAGGGAGUUUUUACGUCUCUUCUGGGCCUGAUCAACAGUCUGGUGAUGCUACUGAUCACCCCGGAGGUCAUCGACAGCUCUGGUGCCUGCAGCCUUCUGGUUUACCUGGAUCCUGGCCUCUCUCUGCUGGCUGUCAUUACGCUGAUUGCCACCACUGCACCGCAGUUGUACAGGUAUGGGCUGCUGCUACAACAGGCCACACCACCACAUAUUUGUGUUACUGAUCUUGGGCGGAGGAUUGCAUGCGUGCCUGGAGUGCAGGCUGUGCACGACCUCCACGUCUGGCAGUUAACUGAAUCCCUCAUUGUGGCCUCUGUUCAUGUGCACUGCUACACUGGAUUUCCAGCACACAGGUGUGCUGAAAUGAUGUCGGGAGUCAGUAAAGUGCUGCGGAGCGCAGGUGUGAGCUGCUGCACUGUUCAACCAGAGUUUGGUUCCUCCUCUUUAGGCAGCGAGGACGGAGCUUCUCCUGUUAUCCACAGAGAGGACCCCUCACCGCCCCCUCCCCUGGCCUGCAGCCUCUCCUGCAGAAAGGCCUGUGCCAGGAGUAUGUGCUGUUCUCCUCCAGAGGAGGCGAUCCAGAGCCUCUUGGCACCACCGAGUGGAGAAACAAAAGAAGAGCCUCAGACUUUGAUCAUUGAGAACACUUUUCUCUGACAAUAGCCAAAGAAUAACUGUGGAGGAAAGAAAUAAAAUGACCCGAAUAAGCUCAGUCUCAGUCUAGAGUUUUGUGGUGCUACUCUGAGAAAUUUUAUGCAAUGUGAAGUAAAAUGGUUUAGAUUUUUUUUUUUUUUUGUAAUCCCUGAUGUCGCCUUAUUUGUGCCUGGAAACUCUGUUAUUGUUUCCAAGUUUUAAAAUAAAAGAAAUCUUCA